AUGGCGGUUAACAACAUUUCUAAAAAGCGAAAAUUCGUCGGUGACGGAGUUUUCAAGGCGGAACUCAAUGAGUUCUUGACUAGGGAACUUGCUGAAGAUGGAUACUCCGGUGUGGAGGUGCGUGUCACCCCGACCAGGUCGGAAAUCAUCAUUAUGGCGACCAGGACCCAGAGCGUGCUCGGUGAGAAGGGAAGACGUAUCCGUGAGUUAACGUCUGUGGUCCAGAAGAGGUUCAACAUCCCUGAACAAUCUGUGGAACUGUACGCCGAGAAGGUCGCCACGCGUGGUCUGUGCGCCAUUGCCCAGGCUGAAUCGCUCAGAUACAAACUCAUUGGAGGUUUGGCUGUGCGUCGUGCUUGUUAUGGAGUUCUGCGCUUCAUCAUGGAGUCUGGUGCCCGUGGUUGCGAAGUGGUUGUGUCCGGCAAGUUGAGAGGCCAACGCGCAAAAUCGAUGAAGUUCGUAGAUGGGCUCAUGAUACACUCUGGAGACCCAUGCAAUGACUACGUCAACACAGCCACACGACAUGUAUUGCUUAGGCAAGGAGUACUUGGAAUUAAGGUAAAGAUCAUGCUUCCGUGGGAUCAAUUGGGCAAGAAUGGACCCAAGAAGCCUCAGCCUGAUCACAUUCUGGUCACUGAGCCCAAGGAUGAGCCUGUACCACUUGAGCCCACCAGCGAUGUGCGCUCGCUCGCACCAGCACCGCUACCACAGCCCGUGCCCGCUGUUGCUUAG